AUGGAAGAUUAAAGAGGUCUUUCACCAUAAACUUCAAAAUCAUCAUCUCAUUAGAAUCAAAUCCCAAGAUCUAAAGAAUUUCAACUUGAUUUUUUUAUCUAAAAGAAGUUUAUUUCUGAUAAUUUUAAAUAAAUAUUAGAGGAUGCAUAAGUACAAUAUAAAAUGUAAAUAAGCAAAAAUAUUCAAUUAAAUCUAUCCAUGUUAGUCCGAAAUAUUAAAUACCAGAGUUAGAAGGUCAAGCAUUUACAAUAGAUGAUCCUGGAGAAAAUAAAAUGAAUGCAAAAUGUGAUGCUGCUCUCUAUAUACUUCAAUAAUUGUAUGAGAGAAACACUUAAUAAUUAAAUAUCAUUCUCUUAAUUCCAGAAGGUAUUUUUUAUAUUGAUCUAAGGAAUUGUAUCAUUUUUAAUAGGAUCUAAAGGAUCAUAGCUGGCAAAAAUAAUUGAAGAAACAAAGGCUAAAAUAACAGUAAAUCAACCUAUACUCAAUUACUCUCCUAGAACUGUUAAAAUUAUUGGUGAUUAAACGACCAUUAAUUGUGCUAUUAAGGCUAUAACUAAAAAAAUGUAGGAGAGAGGGAUAUCUUAAGAAGAUUAUAAGAAAUUUCCUGAAGCUUUUAAUCCAUAAAAAGUUACUGCUAAAGUAAUUACUCAAACAAAUAAUGUAGGCGAAACUUAUUUUCUAAUCUUAAAUUGCAAAUUUCAUUUUGAAAUAUAAAAAUGAUUUAGAAACUAAAUAAAAUGUCUAAAUUAAAACUAAGGAUAGUAAUGACAUUAGACUCACUGUAAAAUAAUUUUAUUAAUCUUUAUAAUAGCAAAUGUGCAAACUUAAAAGAGAUGAUAAAAUAAUUUAAUUUUAAGGUUCUUUAUCCAAUGUAUAAGAUGCAUUGUCAUCUCAAAUUAGAAGGAUUAAUGAUCAUUUUAAACAAUUAGAAUUAGAAAUCAAAAUAGUUAUGCCAGCUAGUUAUGCUUCAAAAUUGAUAGGAGCUAGUAUCUAUUAUUUAUUAUUUUUUAGAGGGUUGUUAAAUUAGAGAAUUAGCUACUAAAUCAAAAGGGGCUUAAAUUAAAGUCUUAUCAGAUAAAGAUGAAACUGAUCAUGAUUAUAGUAUAUUGAUUUUAUUCAUUUUUAGAUUGUAUUGUAUAAAUUGCAGGCACUCUAUAAAGUAAACAAGAUGCUAGUAAAUUAAUACUAUAAUAAAUUGAAUGUUUUAAAAAUGGAGGACCAGUAUUUUUAUUAUAUUUUAUAAUAGAUUAUGGAAAGUGGUAAAUUUUUAAAUGAUGAAAAUUUUUAUUAAACUUCUUAAUAAUCAAAUAAUUAUGAAGAACACAAAGUUAAGAGGUUUAUAUAUUUUUACAUUCGUUUAUUAGAUAUAAAGCUAGUUCCAUAUCUGAAAGAAAUUCACGAUCAAGAUCAUAAUCAAGAAGAAAGCAUAAACAUUAAAGAAAAAGAUCAAAUGAAAGAAGAUCUGUAUCAUCGAGGUAUUUUAAAUAAACUUAAUUUUACAUUUUAGUUUCUCCAAAAGAAGAGAAAGUCCUAAUAUCUUAUCUACUAAAAUAAUUGUUUCUAAUGAAGUUAUGGAUAUUUUAGAAACAUAUUAUAAAUUAGCUCAAUAUAAAGAGUAAUAUAAAGUAGAAAUCUAAGUUGAUGACUCGGUAAUUAUCAAAUCUAAUAAAAUUAGAGAAGAAACUCUGAAUCUUAAUUGAGAAUAAAAGGAAAAUUAAAAGAUUGUUUAUAUGUUAUAGAAGAAAUUUUGUAUGAGCAAUAAAAACUCCUAAGAAAAUGA